UACACCCCCUUCCUUUAACUCAGCUACAGCCAGCAUGACAGCUCAGGGAAAACACAUAGUUUGAGAGCACGAGAGAGAGAGAGAAAGUAAGGGGUAAGGAGGUGAGAACACGUGGAGAGAAAGAGGAGUAUCGAGAAAAGAAGGAAGAAGAUAAACAUCAAGACUGUAAGAAAUGAAAUAAAGGAAGUCUCGUCAAUCCAUGCCUCUAGUCCAUCUCUUUCUCUUCCCCAGGAUUAGGACUAUUUGGUCAUCACAAUGGCCCACAACCAAAGCAUUCCCCUUCGCCUCCUGUCCAACUUCUCCCCCCCCCAAAUCAUCCCUCCAUCCCUCACAAACCCCUCCUCAUCCCUCUAUCCGUUCUCCUCCUCGACAUCCCCAUCCCUGUUCCUGUCCACCUCCAUGCACAUCCUGAACAGCACCAACACGUCUGUUUUCGGGGGAAACCAAAGCAUUGUGGGUAAUACCACCUCCACGACAGUAGGGGCUCUCAUCCUGUGUCUGGUCUUGCUGCUGGGCCUCCCCGGCAACCUCUUCAUCAUCUGGAGUAUCCUGGCGCGUGCCCGCCGCCGCUCCGUCACCACCCUCCUCAUCCUCAAUCUAGCGGUGGCCGACGGCUCACUCAUGGCGCUCACGCCCUUCUUCGUGAUCUACCUGGUCAAGAAGACCUGGGUUUUUGGCAAUAUCAUGUGCAAGAUACUCUUUUACUUGUGCCUAGCCAACAUGUACGCCUCCAUCCAGCUGAUCAUGCUGAUGAGCCUGCACAGGCUGGUGGCCGUGGUGUGGCCUAAGCGCGUCGCUGCACUUGCUGGACGGAAGGCAGUACUGCGCGGGGUGCUGGUGCUGUGGACCAUGGUGCUGGUCGCGUCCAUCCCUGCGUUGCUGUUCAGGGACGAGCGGAAGACCGUACACCCCAACGGGAAGAGCCGGGUAGUGUGUGAGUCGUUGCACAAGCAGCAGGGUCAUGUGGUGCUCCAGUACACGUUGGAAACAGUGCUGGGAUUUGUAGUUCCUUACGGGGUGAUUAUAGGCAGCUACAUCUGCAUCCUGCGGCGGAUCAGGCAGACAAGGUUCAGGAGGAGGAUCCGCAGUGAGAAUCUCAUCCUGGCCAUCGUGGUAACCUUCGGUGUCUUCUGGUUGCCCUACCAUGUCAUCAACAUUGUGCAGGUUGCUGCAGCACUUUCUCCAAAGGAUUCAACUCUAAAAGCAAGGCUUGACCCUAUUUGGCAGACCAGCCGUGCGGUCACCUCAGCCCUGGCCUUCAUCAGCAGCUGUGCCAACCCUGUCCUCUACACUUUUGUUGGCAAGUCCUACAUCAGGCGGGACGGCUUUGCCUUCAUGGCCCGCUUGUUUGAGGGCACGGCGCAGGACUCUGGGACAAGGAAGAGCCGACAGAACAGCCAGAAUAGCCGAGAGAGAGACAGGGAUGCAAAGGAGGUCGGACUGAAGGAAAAGGAGGGAGACCUAGAGUCGACAACCAGCUCCAAUGUCAUGAGUCCCGUCUGUGUGAAACCUGGCAAUGGCAAGCCGGGCCCGAUUCCGACUUAGGAAAUGAUGCCUUUCUUUUGCACAUCUUUCCUACACAUUUCUCAGUAGUUUACUUUAUGAAGGUGAGUAAUGGGCUUCGCAGGAGUGGUUCCCUUACGCGCACUGAAGAGACGUCAUUCACCUGCUGAAAACCCUCUUACUUACUGGCCAACAGAUUUUCUCGUGGAGUUUUCAUUCAAUAGAGUUUUCAGUACAUUUAUUUAGCCAUCCCUUUAAAUAUGGCAUACCUUUUAGUUUUGUUUACAGACUCAAUACAAUAUAUCGAGAGAAUCGGUUCAGAAGAUUAGGGAUCAAUUAAAGAAAGCCAUCUUAGUAUAUAUGUGCAUACUCAUCUCAGUUUCAGCACCAAGUGGUAGAUUUUAAAAUACUCUGAUCUUUUAGAUUAUUUAGGGUUCGGAAAUUAUUUUUGAAUCCUAAAAAAAGGUUUGGAGGAAGAAAAUGGGUUUGAUUCAUUCAGAAAAUUGCCACGUUCAGAUCUUUAACUCGUGGUAAUUUUGGAUGAUUAGUGAACAAAGAAUUAUAAUAGGGAAAAUAGUGUGAAAUAGUAGGCUAUACCCUCAUCUAUUUCCUGCACUAACCAUGGAACUGUGUGAUGACACAUCCAAGUAUUGCACCAUACGUUGUGUUCAAACUGUUACGUUUGGUCUGUGCUCCUCUCCAUAACGAUUGAAUUAGCUAUGUUUAAAAAAAAUAUAUAUAUAUAAGUCGUUACUAAUGAUUUUCACCAACAACCACAUGCCCGUGCGGGCGUUUACAGAGGAAGCAAAUGAAGGUUAACAAAAUAAUGUAAUUAAAUGGAACGAUAAUGUAGACUACACCAACUGAAGGGAACUAACAGUAAAUUGGCAGUUGAAUAUGUGUUAUUAGGCCUACUGACGAUUGAUGCUGAUAGUGACUAAUAUUUAACAUGAUAGAAAUAGGAAACAGAGAAGGUCGGGGUAGCCUAUAAAUCAAGACAUUCGAGAGUGCCCAUCCCAGCAAGGUAAGGCCAUACAAUUUAAAUUCUGCAAUAAACAAUUACUAUGUGUAUUUACAAUCCCCUUCUCAAAACGGAUUACUCAUUUACCUAGCUCUUAUAAAUAGAUAUGAUCAAGUUGUUAUUACAGUGCAUGGAGAAAUUGUGUUAUUUCUAUUGGAACAAAUUAAGUAGAUGCUUUUUCUACUUUGAACCGGGAGGUUUACUAGACCUUAUUCAUGGUUUCCUCACGUAAAGGUGGUAGAAUUAUUAGGAAAUUAAGUCAAGGUCAGAAUACGACGUAUCUGUAGACACUCCUCCGCCUCAGCUUCAUUUAUUCGGUCUCCACCUCGAACGAAUAGCGGAUGAAUAGCAUACUAUUCCCAUGCUUAAGUUCAAGGUUAGAAUACGCAUAGAGAGGAAAACGCAUUUUUUUUAAAGGAAUAAAGUUCCAUUUACACACGCUUAACUCUGGUCGGAAACUGGGCCAUAGUGACUGGAAGAUGAAUGAGUUGGAUGCUAUUUCAGAAGCUGUUUUGGAAGGAAUGUAGUUUCCUGUAGUUCGCAUGGUUGGCCACUAGAUAUGCAAGUCAUGUUUCCUAAUGGUUCAUGACUGACUUACUGACUGAACCAUAUCUCUGUUUUUAGAGGUGGUGAUUCAAGUUCAGUGGGUGGUGGAGUGAAUUUAGUCAAUUGUCUUUACAGUAUGCUUUGUCUGACUCUCUCUCCUUCUCUCCAUUUGUGUCAAAUCAAAUUUGAUUUGUGUGUGUGCCCGCGCAUGUGAUUUACUGCUGUAAGUACACUACAAUUACCAAAUUGUUAGAGUAAAAAGAGCACUGUAUAAUGUAAAGUGUUACCAAUAUUUGUAUACUUGUUUACCACAUUUAUUUGAUCAAAAGCAUUAAGACAUGUUGUGUUUGUGCCAGUGCAAGAAAAUUAAAAACACUUUUCUCAGAGAA